AUGAAGAAGAGGACAGUGUACGCUUGGGGGGUAGCCAUUCUCAGUUUUGUGGUGUUGAUGAUCGUCACUCCUGCCAUCCCUCAGUCUGAAGCUUACCACGAUUUCGCUGACCAACGCGAGUUUUUGGGUAUUCCUAAUACACUUAAUGUGGUUUCAAAUUUCCCUUUCCUUGUUAUUGGUCUCAUUGGUCUUGUCCUUUGCUACUAUGGGGAUUAUUUUAAGUUCAGCUUGCAAGGAGAGCUUUGGGGUUGGACGUGUUUUUACAUCGGUGUGGCUGCUGUUGCAAUCGGAUCCUCAUACUAUCAUCUGAAGCCAAAUGACGCUCGUCUUGUGUGGGAUCGCUUGCCAAUGACAAUUGCGUUCACAUCGAUCAUUGCAAUCUUUAUCAUUGAAAGGAUUGAUGAGCGGAAGGGAACAAUUUCCAUCAUACCCCUGCUUUUGGCGGGUAUUGUCAGCAUAUUGUAUUGGAGGUUCUUUGAUGACCUCCGUCCAUAUGCUAUGGUCCAAUUUCUUCCUUGCAUUGCGAUUCCUGUGAUGGCUAUAUUGUUGCCUCCAAUGUACACUCAUUCCACGUAUUGGCUUUGGGCAGCAGGAUUCUAUCUUUUAGCUAAGGUGGAAGAAGCUGCUGAUAAAGUGAUCUACGAUUGGACUCAUCAUAUUGUCAGUGGGCACACCCUCAAGCACUUGUGCGCUGCAAUGGUUCCUGUAUUCUUGACACUUAUGCUUGCAAGAGGACUGUUGAACCAGAGAGAAUCAGACAAAACUGCAUAG